UUGAAGCUAUAGAAGACCAGCCACAUAUUCACAGUCGGUUAAAACAGGAUGUUUCUGAACGUUGGGAGCAGCUCCGCCCUUCCAGCCUCCGGGCCGUCCCCCAAGCUUGCUUCCUUUUUUCGUGGUGCUUCUCUAGUCAUUACAGCGGCUUUGAGAUGGCUGAGGUGCACGGUCAGUGAAUAGGUAAUGAUCAAGAUGGAACAUUUGUGAUAUCUGAAUGAGGAUCUCUUGCUGAUCACCGAAAAAAAAAAGGUGACCCCUGUGAUCCUGCUUUGUGAACUUUUUAAAGUUUUACAGCAGCACUUCACUCUCCUGGCCCAGCAGAAGCAUUUGGCAACAUGCUCAGAAUUCAAGGGGGAGAAGUGAAAUUACAACACUGGUUGACACUGUUGUCGGGGCUGGUGGAGAGUUUGUUCUUCACAGGGAUUGCCUAUGGCUGGGCUUCUCUUGUGUUUGUGCUGAAAAAUGAUGGAUACUUUGCUGCAUACUGCACCAAUGCCACCAGAGAUGAAGAUUAUGCUGUGUAUACUGAUUGUAGUGGUCAGGACGAGCACUUCUCUCAGGUCAUGUCAGUCGCUUCUAUUGCCACCACAAUACUGCGCUUCCCCAUUGGAUAUGUUUAUGACCGCUGUGGAACUGCAGUUACAAGGAUAGUGGCAAUGUCAUUGUACACCACUGGCACACUGCUUAUCACACUGUCAAAUGCAGAGACGUCUGUGUUGCUCUACCCGGGUUUGUCAAGUUUAAUAGUUGCUGGAACGAUGCUCUACAUCACCAAUGCUCAGGUGGGGAACCUGUUUCAUUCCUAUCGCUCCACCACCAUCACCAUAUACAAUGGAGCAUUUGAAGCCUCUGCUGCAGUUUGUCUCAUUGUAAAGUUGCUAUAUGAAAGAGGAGUUUCUCUGCAAACAUCUUUUCUCUUCCUCACCUUGUGUAACAUUAUCCACUGCGUCCGCACCAUCUUCCUGAUGCCCAGACGACAUAUCCCCUACCCACUACCAGAGACAUACACCUAUGGGGUAAGCUGUACUGUACAAAAACGAAAAAGAAGACAGGAGGAGAACGACACAGUGCAAAAAUUUAAGGAAGGAGAUGCGGAGAAGACUGAAAAGGACGAGAAAGAUGAGCUCACUAGUCCUCAACAUAGAAGUUCCUAUGGGGUCGUGAAUGAAUGGCCACUUUCAGGAGCUGUGUGUUUUCAUGGCUCUUCUUCUGUCACCUGGUUUGGGUGGUCACCAUCAUCCUCAGUCAGUUCAUCUUCUUAUCCAACGUCAACCCCAUGCUCACCCGGCUGGCUGAUGAUGACCAAACCGUUGUCAGUCACUACACCAACGCAUUUUCCUUCAUCCAGCUGUGCGGGGUGUUGUUUUGUCCCAUCAGCGGCCUCCUCAUGGACAGACACAAGCACAGACCUCUGGCUCCAGGAGAAACAAGUCGAGAGGCAGAUCUGCGUUCUUCCUCUCUCGCCCUCUUCCUCAGCUGCCUGCUGUGUUUUUUCUUCUGUGUGUGUUUCACCUGUCCUGUCCUCCUGCUGCAGUAUGUCACCUUCAUCCUGCAGGUCACCAGCAGCUCCUUCUUCUACGGACUCCACCAAGCCUUCAUCAGCAUUGCCUUCCCUGCGUUUCACUUUGGGAAGAUGUCCGGAAUGGCAAUGUCUUUAUCAGCUUUGGUGCUGCUUCUCCAGUUUCCUUUGCUACACCUCAUCCAAAAUCAGCUGCACGGUGACCCGCUCUAUCUUUCAUUUUCUGUCCUUCUUUAAGGUAAAUAUCGGCGUCACCGUGGUGUCUCUGCUCACCUUUAUUCACCCAGUGCAUGUUAGCCUCUACUGCAGAGAGCUGGCCAAGCAGAGGAAGAAUUCACAACUUACUCGACAAUCUCUCAGAUCCUCUGACCAGGUGGCCCUGGUGUCCCUUCAUCGAGUCUGAGCUGUAAGGACGAAGCUGGAACAUCUAACCAUUUACAAUCAAGUGUUUGCCUAACAUAGAUAUAUUUAAGAGUAAACUGAAAACCAACAUGUUUUCUCAAGCUUCUGAGUCUCCUGAACUUUUCAGCCUUUUACUGUAUGUUAUUUUACUCUUAUACAUCUUUUUACACAUUUCGUCUCUUUUUUGUACAACACUCUGGUCAACUCAGUUUAUCAGAUUUGUUUUAUGAAUAAACAUGAAUUGACUUGA